AUGACGGACUUUGGAGGCAGCCAUGAUUUCUUCUCGGGAGCGAGACGCAACACACUGCGGUCCCGCUCUUCCUACGACGUGCCGACAGAAGUACUGGCACCUCGCUGUGAAGUGGUGUCCAUAGGAGAACCGAUACCAGUGCUAGCGCCCGAGUCUCGCGACCUCGAGCGCCUUCGCUUCGGCGAUGGUUCGUCUGAUUCAUCAGAUGAACCAAAGAUGCUGCGACGCAAAGCAUCGUCCAUGCCACGCUUGGCAGGCGGCUUGGAUUCGAUCGCCGUCGAUACGGAUCCGUCUUCCGUAUCAGGAGAGUACGAGACACCGAGCUCGUACUCUGUGAAGACAUGA